GGAGCGCACAUCGGGAUGAGAGCGACACUUCUACUACUGCUGCCGCUCCUCUGCUGCUCCGUCGGGGAGGCGCAGCAGCCCGGAGCUCUUCUCAGAGAGUAUUACAUUGCAGCUGUGGAGAUCGGAUGGGACUACAUCUACCUAGACAAUGCUGACCCAGCGUCCGACCAAAGGGGGAACUCCAAAACUAUUCCCCAAAAGUACAUCAAGGCAGUUUAUAGAGAGUACACAGACUCCACAUACACUGUCCCCAAGCAAAGAGAAGCCUGGACAGGCAUUCAAGGCCCAGUGAUUGUCGCCCAGGCUGGUGACAGAGUGGUAGUCCACUUCAAAAACUUAGCGUCUCAGCCCUAUAGUAUCAGUCCUGUUGGGAUCACCUACUGGAAACAGUCUGAAGGAGUUGGAUAUGAGGACUCCACUGCAGGUCAUGAGAAAGAGGAUGACGCUGUGUCUCCUGGAGGAUAUUAUGAGUAUGUGUGGGACAUUAGCCCUAAAGAUGGCCCCACCCCCAGCGAUCCUGACUGCCUUACUUACUCAUACUCAUCCCACGUGGAUACAGUUCGAGACAUGAACUCAGGACUCAUCGGUGCCCUGCUCAUCUGUAAAUCAACUGCCUUCACAGACGAUGGCCAAAGAACACACCAGGCAUUUGUCCUACUUUUUGCUGUGUUUGAUGAGACUAAAAGCUGGUAUGGAGAGGUGGGAGAGAGAAUAAGCAGAGAGAAGUUCAAGAAGAGCAAUGGCAGGAAGCAAUACCACACCAUCAAUGGCUAUGUCAACUCUACAUUACCCGGUUUGACAGUCUGUCAGGGCCGUGAUUCUGUGUUUUGGCAUAUGAUUGGGAUGGGCACAGCUCCAGAAAUCCACUCUAUUCGGUUCCAGGAUCACUCUUUACAGGUGUUGACCCAUCGUAAAGUCACUGUGGAGGUGACCCCCAUGACAUUUGUCACUGCAGAAAUGAAACCCACAACUACAGGUCACUUCCUCAUCAAUUGUCAGAUACAUGCUCACCGCUAUGACGGCAUGAAUGCUCUGUUCACUGUGGAGAAAUGCCCUGAUCCACUACCUGACCUGCACAAGGUCAAACACAAGGAAAGUGUGGAGGAGGAUAAUGGAGAUUAUGAUUAUAUCUUCAACACUGUAAAUCUACAACCCAAGAAGCCACAGUUUCAAGCCAGAGCCAGCAGAGGACAACAGUCAAAAACAUGGACACAUUUCAUUGCUGCUGAGGAGGUGACAUGGAACUAUGCUCCUCAUCUGAAACCCACAGACAGUGAGUUGCAGUCUAGAUAUCUGCCGGCCACACCCCAUCACCUCGGCUAUAAGUAUAAAAAGGUUGUGUAUGUGGAAUACACAGAUGCCUCUUUCACUCGGAGGAAAAACCCAGAAAACACAUUGUUGGGUCCUUUAUUAAAGGGAAAAGUCAAUGAUCAGAUACACAUCAUCUUUAGAAACAUGGCCAGUCACCCUUUUAAUAUCUACCCCAAUGGCCUUACCAAGAUCUCUCCACUUCAGAAAUCCACCAACGAGAAUGAUUUGCGCUCAGUGGGAGUUCCCCCCAAUGAGACCUUUGGCUACAUUUGGAGGCUGACAACAAAUGAUGGGCCCCUGGAAGAAGACCCCCAGUGUCUGACCCAGCUAUAUCAGAGCACCGUCUCCCCAGAGAGAGACUUGGCCUCUGGGCUGGUGGGCACCCUGCUUGUCUGCAAGUACAAUGCCUUCGAUACCAGGGGAAAGCUGUUGGGACCCGAUGAGAAGCUGAACCUGAUAUUUGCUGUGUUUGAUGAGAACAGAAGUUGGUAUUUCAAGGAAAACAUGCAGCGAUCCAGCCAAAGAUCCAUGGACCCCACAGACCCUAAAUUCUAUGAGUCAAAUGUCAUUUACAGUAUAAAUGGCAUCAUGUUCAGUGGCCGUCGGUUUGUUAUGUGUCAGACUGAUGUCUCCUUCUGGCAUGUGGCUAAUGUGGGGACCCAGAGUGACUUCCUCUCUGUCUAUUUCACUGGAAACUUGUUUCAGUACCAAGGUCUCUACCAGUCUAUCCUCACACUCUACCCAAUGACUGCCAUAACUGUCCCAAUGGAGACCGAACUGAUUGGUGAGUGGGAGAUUAGUGCCUUUGACAGUAGCCUCAAGAGCCGGGGGAUGAGUAUCCGUUACACUGUUCGUCACUGCAACAAUGGAGACUUCCCAUUGGUUGAUCAUGAUGUGGAUGAAGAUAUCUCAGACUACUAUGACGAAAUUUUUGUCCAGCCAAGAGGCAUGAGACCUCAAAAUGGCACCGUUUUGGUUAGAGUGUGCAAAAAAACACUCGACAACAGCACUUCUAGUGAAAAUUUCCAGAAUGUCAAAACUGAAGUUAAUGAUGCACCAUGUCAGCUAAGGAGAGUUCCAGUGGCAUCACUGGGAAGAGGGAAACCUCCCUCAGAGGAAGGAGUUCCUGAGGAUGUCCUGGCAAAUAUAGAUAGAGAUGUGGACUUGACUGCUCCUCAGAAUCAGACUGAACACAGGAACAACAGAGGUAGCAGACGAAGAAGACAAGUAAGUGGGAACUGGACAAAGAAAGGCACAAAGUUUGGAGUAUUAGAACAUCAAAGAACAACAAUAGAUCCUGUUGGAGGACAUGUGGGAAACAUGACUGACACUGAUGCAGAGGUACAGACUGAAGUGAGAAGUGAAGUGCUAAGCAAAACAAACAGCACGAUAGCACAGCUCAAAGACAACAAUAACAACUCACUGGGCAGCAAAACGCAGAUGAGCAACAAGCAACAAACUGCAGACCCAAGCUCUUCAAAGGUCAUGGAUUAUGACUUGGUACCACACAACUCCCUUUUUUCUGAACGAGAGAGGCUCACAGACGAUGUGCUGGAUCUAGAAUACAACUUCACAGACGCAAACACAACUAAUGUUAAUUUGUCCUUCGAGUAUGAUGACGAUAGUUAUGAGAUAAACAGUAAACCAGACAUGUUUGGGCCAAGCUUCGUGGACCCACGGUCUGGAGAAAUCAGACCUCGUCACUACUACAUUGCUGCAGAGGAGAUCAUCUGGAAUUAUGGAAUCAGAAUGCCACAGCAACUCAUUAAACCCAGUGAAGUGCGUCGGGGCAUGAGGAAGUUCCUCCCUGAGUAUAAGAAGGUUGUUUUUCGAGCUUAUAUGGAUAAAGACUUCGUGCAUCCUGUGGCCAGAGGAGAGCUUCAGGAACAUUUGGGAAUCGUGGGACCUUUUAUCCGAACAGAGAUUAAUGACCUUCUCACUGUGAUCUUUAAAAAUAAUGCAAACAGACCUUACUCCUUUCAUCUCCAUGGAGUCUAUGACCUAAGUCAGGGGGCUGGCAUCUCACAAAUCAGUUCCUCUUCUGCUCCUCCCGGGAUUCCUGGAGAGCCUGUGCCUCCUGGGGAAGCUCGAACUUACAACUGGAGAAUAAGCCAGAAACAGGGUCCCACUGAUUCUGAAUUUGACUGCAAGACGGGAGCUUACUACUCCACUGUAGACAAGGAGAGGGACCUUCACUCUGGUCUGAUUGGUCCACUGGUGAUCUGUAAGCCUGGUACCCUGCAAACACAUUACAACAAGCAGCCAGACAUCCAGGAAUUCACCCUCCUCUUCCACACCUUUGAUGAAACUAAAAGCUGGUACAUGGAGGAGAACCUGCAGCGAUACUGUGCUCCACCCUGUCAGGCCAACACUGGGGAUCCCUGGUACCACACCAGUAAUAAGUUUUCAGCAAUUAAUGGUUAUGUGGCAGAGACUCUUCCUGGUUUGAUGGUUGCCCAGCACCAGCUAGUGAGGUGGCACCUUUUGAAUGUGGGAGGUGACAAAGAGUAUCACGCCGUGCACUUUCAUGGACUACCUUUCACUGUUCACACAAAGCAAGAACACCGUAUGGGUGUCUUCAACCUCUUUCCUGGUGUUUUUGGAACGGUGGAGAUGAACCCCCCCACCGUUGGCACAUGGUUGGUGGAGUGCAGCAUAGGAGACUAUCAGCUGGCUGGCAUGAGAGCUAAGCUGUUGGUCUAUAAUCCACAGUGUGUCUUACCUCUGGGAAUGAAAUCUGAAAGGAUCGAUGAUUCACAAAUCACAGCAUCGGAUCAUAUUGAUAACUGGACGCCAAGGCUGGCGAGGCUGGAGCAGUCCGGUUACAUAAACGCCUGGAUGGGCAGCAGCAAGAAAUCCUGGUUACAGGUUGAUCUUCAGAGGCCUACCCUGCUGCAUGGUGUGCAGACACAGGGAGUGAGGUCAAUGUUCAAGGACCACUACAUCACACUCUUUACCAUCUCAUACAGCCUAGACCAACAGACUUGGACCUUUUACAAAGGAAACAGCACCAGGAACACCAUGCUAUUUCAUGGGAACCUGGACAGCUCCAAGGUGAAAGACAACAGCUUCUCUCCACCAUUUGUGGCUCGGUACGUCAGGAUUCACCCAUCCAACUAUAUGAAAAAACCUGCUCUCCGAAUGGAGCUGCUGGGAUGCGAUCUUAACAGCUGUUCUAUGCCUCUUGGAGUCCAGAAGAAGCUUCCUGAUGACAGCUUUAGUUCCUCGUCAUUUCAUUCAUCUCUGUUGUGGAGUUGGAAACCCAACCUUGCCCGCCUUCACCAGAGUGGCAGCGCCAAUGCCUGGAGGCCACAGAACAACAACCCCCACGAGUGGCUGCAGAUUGACUUGGAGAAAGUCAGGCGUGUCACAGGUGUGAUCACCCAAGGAGCGAAAUCACUGGGGACCAAGAUGAUGGUUACAGAGUUCUCAGUCACCUUCAGUCAGGAUGGACAUUCCUGGAGCAGUGUGUUAGAGGAGAGCUCCCAAAGAGAAAAGAUCUUUCCAGGAAACAAUGAUCCAGAUGAGGAAGCUCUUGCUGUUUUUGAUCCUCCUUUAUUCGGCCGCUUUGUUCGCAUCCACCCGCGGGGUUGGAUCAAUGACAUCGCUCUCCGCCUGGAGAUUAUGGGCUGUGACACUCAGCCGGGAGUCUGACACCACUGGAUGCUUCCAGCAGCAUUUUAGUAGUUUUCUUCUGAAGUUUGACAGUAAAUGGGAAGAAGGAAAGAAGAGAAAUUGCUAUGUAGAGCACUUAAGUGUAUAUAAACUAUCUGAACUAUUUCUUCUGUAGCCACAACUUUGUUUACAUUUGUUUUUACCAUAGAUCACUUCAUCACUGUUGAUAAACCUGCUGUUGGGAAAUUAUUCUUAUCUUAUGAAGGGUAUAGUAUAAAAAAAAUUGAUAUUCAAAGCAAUAUAAUAUAUGAAUGUGGAAGAGUACUUAACUUUGCAGCACACAGCUGUGCAAAGAGCAGAGCAAACCUUUUGAAUGUAAGUGUGAAUAUUUCAGCCUCAGAAGGAUGUAAACUGUUUGACUCCUUGUUUAUAACUGGAAAAGUUUAUUUUUGUGCUGUAUUUUAAUUCUUAUAAACUAAAAAUCUGAGUCUUGGUGAA